GUAUAUACGUAUCGACGAUAUGUCUAUGGUGAAUGGCUUGUAAUAAAAAGAAGAGGGUUUUCAAAAUAGAGAAAAAGCCGGGAUUUGCGUAAAAAAAUUGCGGAUUUAUUGCAAGACAACCUUUUAUAAGGACAUAAAUAGUAAUAAAAAUAUGCAGGCUCCGAUUUUGACGGAUACGGAGGCCGAGACAACAGUGGAAUUAGACGAGUCUAUGGUAAAUCAAGUCUCAAAUGGAGUAAGCAUAACCAAAAGCAUCUUCAAUUUAACAUUAAACGAUGACUUAGAUGAUAAAACAGAUGCCGAGAUUAAAAGCUAUGAAGCUCGCCUGCAGGACGAGAUAAAACAGUGGGGUUCGCUUUGGCGUGAUUCAAUUCAACAGCUUAAGGAAUUUAAACUAAAACCACACCCAAUAAUUGACAAAUCAAUUUUGUCCGAUGAGAAACGUGCUUACUUGGAAAAGGCGCCCGAUUUGCAGCGGUUCCUUCGAGACUCUGUAGAAUUUCGUCAAAAUGCAUAUAUAUUUUUGGAAUAUGAUUUCCCUCGAUUUGAAGUAGUUCAAAAAAAUUUGAUAGAAGUAUGUGAUUACAAUGCAUUUUUAAUAAGAGAAGGUAAAAUUGAAGAAAAUUUGGCAAAUAAAUAAUAACUGUAUUUCUCAUUUUACAUUAUA